AAAAAUAAAAGAAGCUUUAGCAGUUCAUACCCUGACACCAGAAAUACAGAAAGCCAGUCGUGGAGACAGUGAAAUGGAUAUACCAAUGGUGGAAGAAAAACAGAAGACACACCAAAGCAAUGAAAUGGACAUAUCAGAGAAGACAUAUUAUAGCAAUGUUUCUGACACUGAAAAUGAUUUGACUCAACAAAGUCAGGGCAAGACAUCUGAGAAACCACAAAAUCUUGUUCAAAUGAAAGAACAUGCUAGGUUGGCCUUCAAACAAGAAGCUGAGCAAGGAAAAGAUGUGUAUAUGCUUUCUGAAAAUAUGAAGAAACAGCUCCAGAAAAUAGAAAAGAAAUAUGAAAAGGAAGUCAAAGUCAGGAAACAACUAGAAAUGUCUCUUCGAGCUCAAGAUGUGGAAUUGAAGAGAUGGAAGAAAACAAAGGAGAUUGAAGAUGAAAAUAUAAUGUUAAAGAAAAAACUUGUAGAAUUUGAGCAUUCGCUAAAAUCAACAGCACAUGAUUUGAAUGAGAAAAUUGUUGGAUUGGAAAAGAAACUACAACGGUACACAGAUCUCUUAGAAGAAGCAACAAAGAGAUCAAGUAAUUCAAAAAAUGAAGGCAUACCUCAUGACACGAAACACUUUUACCAUAAGAUUGAAAUAAUUAACACAACACACGAGCAUAAGGUCUCUCGGCUGGAGCAUACAACUGAAAAGCUCAAAUCUAAGCUCUUUGAGAUGGAGACACAAAAUUGUCUAGCUACAAUCAAAACAGAAAAGUAUAAGACAUUAGACCAAGAAGUGAGAGUAAGAAAAGCUCAAAAACAGAGCAUGUGUCCUGUGCAAUUUAGUAUGGAGACUGACCAAAGACGUUCAGAACCAGAAGAUUUAAGAACAGCAAAUGUAAAUCCAAGGUCUUCUGUGGAGAGUCCUAACUUCAACCUAGCCAGACCGAAAGAGCAAUAUCUCAAAAAAUUACAAUGUAAUCAAAAUUCUUCAGAUAGAAGUUCACAAAAAUACCCAUUGACACAUCUGUUAAAUGAAUGCAACAAUAGAAAUACUAAAGAAGAGUCAGAAACAUCGUCUAGACUACCAAAGCGUCCUGUGCAAUUUAGUUUGGGGACUGACCAAAGACAUUCAGAGCCAGAAGACUUAAGGACAGCAAACGUAAACCCAAGGUCUUCUGUGGAGAGUCCUAAUUUCAACCUAGCCAAACCGAAAGAGCAAUAUCUCAAAAAAUUACAAUGUAAUCAAAAUUCUUCAGAUAGAAGUUCACAAAAAUACCCAUUGACACAUCUGUUAAAUGAAUGCAACAAUAGAAAUACUAAAGAAGAGUCAGAAACAUCGUCUAGACUACCAAAGCGUCCUGUGCAAUUUAGUUUGGGGACUGACCAAAGACAUUCAGAACCAGAAGACUUAAGGACAGCAAACGUAAACCCAAGGUCUUCUGUGGAGAGUCCUAAUUUCAACCUAGCCAAACCGAAAGAGCAAUAUCUCAAAAAAUUACAAUGUAAUCAAAAUUCUUCAGAUAGAAGUUCACAAAAAUACCCAUUGACACAUCUGUUAAAUGAAUGCAACAAUAGAAAUACUAAAGAAGAGUCAGAAACAUCGUCUAGACUACCAAAGCGUCCUGUGCAAUUUAGUUUGGGGACUGACCAAAGACAUUCAGAACCAGAAGACUUAAGGACAGCAAACGUAAACCCAAGGUCUUCUGUGGAGAGUCCUAAUUUCAACCUAGCCAAACCGAAAGAGCAAUAUCUCAAAAAAUUACAAUGUAAUCAAAAUUCUUCAGAUAGAAGUUCACAAAAAUACCCAUUGACACAUCUGUUAAAUGAAUGCAACAAUAGAAAUACUAAAGAAGAGUCAGAAACAUCGUCUAGACUACCAAAGCGUCCUGUGCAAUUUAGUUUGGGGACUGACCAAAGACAUUCAGAACCAGAAGACUUAAGGACAGCAAACGUAAACCCAAGGUCUUCUGUGGAGAGUCCUAAUUUCAACCUAGCCAAACCGAAAGAGCAAUAUCUCAAAAAAUUACAAUGUAAUCAAAAUUCUUCAGAUAGAAGUUCACAAAAAUACCCAUUGACACAUCUGUUAAAUGAAUGCAAUAAUAGAAAUACUAAAGAAGAGUCAGAAACAUCGUCUAGACUACCAAAGCGUCCUGUGCAAUUUAGUUUGGGGACUGACCAAAGACAUUCAGAGCCAGAAGACUUAAGGACAGCAAACGUAAACCCAAGGUCUUCUGUGGAGAGUCCUAAUUUCAACCUAGCCAAACUGCAAGAUCAAAAUGUCAAAAAUAGACAAUGUGAUCAAAAUUCUUCACAUAGAAGCUCACAAAAAUGCCCAUUGACACAUCUGUUACAUGAAUGCAAUGAUAGAAAUACUAAGGAAGAGUCAGAAACAUCAUCUAGACUACCAAAUAUGCAAGUCACUGAUGAAGCCAUUGUCGAAAACAGGAGAGUCUGUAUUUGCCUUUGUCCUUGUCACAAGUCCACCAGGCAAAGUAGUUUGGAGACCAGCCAAGGAUCAUCUCUGACUGAAGACCUGAUGACAGCACGUGCAAAUCCAAGGUCUUCUGUGCAGAGCACCAGCGCUGAGCUAGCCCGGCUGCAACCUGAAGAUUAUGUCAAAAAUAGACAAUGUAAUUUAAAUGCUUCACACAUAAGGCCACCACAAUACCCAGUGACAGAUCUGCAAUGUAGAACUGGUGAGAAAAAAAGUAAAGAAGCAUGGGAAACAACAUCACAUAGACCAUCAAACUCUACGAGGCAAAGUGGUACAGGGGUCAGCCAAGGAUCCCCCCCAUCAGAAGACCCGAUGAAAUUCCACACAAUCCCAAAGUCUACUGAGUGUGCCUUCUGCUCUCACAGCUCUACAAGGCAGAGUAAUAUGGGGGUCAGCCAGGGAUCCCCCCCAUCAGAAGACCCAAUGAAAUUCCACACAAUCCCAAAGUCUUCUGAGUGUGCCUUCUGUCCUCCUCACAGCUCUAGGAGGCAAAGUGGUACAUGGGUCAGCCAAGGAUCCCCUCCAUCAGAAGACCCAAUGCAAUUUCACAGAAUCCCAAAGUCUACUGAUUGUGCCUUCUGCUCUCACAGCUCUACAAGGAAGAGUAAUAUGGGGGUCAGCCAAGGAUCCCCCCCAUCAGAAGAUCCAAUGAAAUUCCACACAAUCCCAAAGUCUUCUGAGUGUGCCUUCUGUCCUCCUCACAGCUCUAGGAGGCAAAGUGGUACAUGGGUCAGCCAAGGAUCCCCCCCAUCAGAAGACCCGAUGCAAUUUCACACAAUCCCAGAGUCUUCUGAGUGUCCCUUCUGUCCUCCUCACAACUCUAGGAGGCAAAGUAGCAUGGGGAUCAGCCAAGGAUACCCCCCAAGAGAAGACCUGAUGCAAUCGCACACAAUCCCAAGGUCUUCUGUGGGUGCCUUCUAUUCUCCUCACAGCUCCACGAGACUAGAUUAUUAUGGGCUAAGUCAAAGACACUGUCGAAAAAAACGUAAAUCAGGAUUUCAAUUAUGGCUGGAAUCUGAGCAAAAAAUGGAGAUCUAUCGUGCCAGGGUUGAAGCUUAUGAAUUUCUUCGAUAUGCAUAUCGUCCUCAAAACCCUACCGGCUGCAGUUCACUAGAUUACCCAUAUGUAGAUCUGCUACAAGGACUCUAUGAUACCUCAAGUGAUGACGAGUCAGAAAUAACAUUCUAUUGAAAACCAAUAUUUAUGCUGUAAUUACAUGUGCCAUAAAGUGGUGAUAAAAAGCAAUUACUGAAGGACCUUAAGCUGUGAUGUUACAGACUGCAUCAUGAGAGAUCCCACAACUUAUUUUAGCACUGAGGAAAUUUCACUCCUUUAACAGAGAGACGUGGUGUACCAGCCAUCUAUGAGAAGACUCUGAAGAGUAACUUCCAUCCACGAAUCCCAACAAGAAUGGACUAAAAUUUCUAAGCAGGAAGAGUUGUUUUGUCAACCACAGAUACCUGAAAUAUUGGAGGCAUAUGCCUUUAACUCACCUGCAAAAGCCCUUUACUUAUGCAAAAAAUAAAAUGUUGGUGAAAAGUU